AUGGAAUUUAAAGUUGAAGUUAAGGAAAGUGUUUUUGAAUGCAAUGAAAGAUAUGUAGAGAGUCAGUUACACAGAUCAACAAAUAAUAUUGAAGCUUGUAAUGAUAAACCAGAUGACAAACCAGAAAUAGAAAUAAAAGCUGAAAUUAAGAAAGAACAUGCUCUUGAUGACCAAGUAUAUAAUACAGAAAAUCAGCUAACUACAUCCCUCGAUCUUGGAGACUUGAAGAAUGAACCAGAUGAAUAUAACUCAGAAAAAGAUAAUCCAGGUAGUAAUAAAUUUUUAUUCUUGAGUCAGAAUUCAUGUAAAUUAGUGGAAUCUUUGGGAAAAUCCACAUCUCAUCAAAUCUUAGCCUUUCUGGAAGAACAAUUUUGA